AUGGAGGACCUUGAGUCACUCGAGGUCCUCUCGCUCGUGGCAAAGGUUGCCUCGGAGCUGGAGAACCAUCUGGGUAUGGACAACAAGGAUGUUGCCGAGUUUAUCAUAUUCCAGCGCCUCCAGAGCGACGGCUUCGAAGCUUUCCAGAAGAAGCUCACAGAGCUUGACGUCGACUUCCCGCCAAGUUUAGUUGAAAGUAUCGACCGACUAGUCUGUACGAUGCAUCCUCAGAUGCGGGCGAGAGCAGCAGCAGAAGCGAAAGAAAAUGCGGCGAGCAAAGCAGCCCGAUCGAAACAGAUUUUCAAAGGCUUGACCGUACCCGACAAAGAGCCAGAGCAUGAAGCCGAUGCCAUUGACGACACACUGGCACUACUGGAGGGCCUUGAAAGCAAGGUGAGGAAGGAAAAGUCAUCACGACCAGUGGCAGUGGAGACAGCAUCACGGAGAAGUCAAAGUCCCCGAGACGACUACAACAAGACGAAGCGAGAUGGAGGCCGGGGGCAAGAUCGGCGAUCUCGUUACCGGUCGAGAUCGCGGUCGGAGUCCCCACGCUCAAGGUCAGAUUCCCGUGGGCGAAAGAAUAUAAAACGAUACGAUUAUGACGACCAAGACGACGACUACGCGAACUAUAGUGGUAGUGGAAAGCGAAGCAGGAGAGAGAACGGCAAGAGUGGAAGAGGACGUGCAAACAGAAACGGGUAUGACAACUAUGACGAUGGCAACGGCAACGACGGCCGGUCUCAGCGGAAAGAGGUGGAGGUGGAUGACGCUCCAGAGCUUUUCAAGGUGUACGACGGUCAUGUCACGGGAAUCAAAGAUUUUGGCGCUUUUGUGAAUCUUCACGGCAUCCGGGGCAAGGUCGACGGCCUGGUGCACGUUUCGGCCCUCGUUGACGGCCAGCGCGUCAGCCAUCCUUCAGACUUGUUGACUAUGGGCCAAAAGGUGCUGGUCAAGGUUGUGAAGAUAGAAGGGAGCCGGAUCGGCUUAUCGAUGAAGGAUGUGGACCAGGACACCGGACUGGAUAACGCCCCUGAAGACAGGAUUCAGUCUGGAGCCAAUAUGGAGGCGCUUGGCGUCCGAGGUGCUGGCGGCAUCAGCAGCAGUAUUGUCACACCGCUACCCGGGGCGGGUGCAUCAGGGGCAGGAGGCAGCGGCCCGGCAGGGAGGCGUGGCAAGAAGCGCAUGACGUCUCCUGAGCGGUGGGAGAUUCUGCAGCUGAUAGCCAGCGGCGUGGCCAAGGCGUCGGACUAUCCCGGGCUCGAGGAGGAAUACACGUCGACGCUGACGGGCGAGGGUCAGAUGGAGCUGGAGGAGGACGUGGACAUUGAGAUCCGAGACGAGGAGCCACCAUUCUUGGCGGGACAGACGAAACUUUCGUUGGAACUGUCGCCGAUCCGUGUUGUCAAAGCGCCCGACGGCUCGCUCAACCGUGCAGCCAUGGCUGGCGGGGUGCUCGCCAAAGAACGCAGGGAAACACGGCAGCAGGAGGCGGACGAGGCGAAGGCGUCGUUGGAGAAGGAGAAGGUGGAUCUGACGUCGCAGUGGCACGACCCGUUGGUGAAUCCGGAGCAGCGCAAGUUUGCCAACGACGUGCGAAACGCCCACAGCCAACGGAAUGCCGCUCCAGAGCCAGUGCCGGAGUGGAAACGUGUCAUCCAGAGCAAGGAACAGUCGUUUGGCAAACGCACAUCACUCAGCAUGAAGGAGCAGCGCGAGACGUUGCCCAUUUUCUCCUUCCGCAGCCAGCUCAUCAAGGCGGUGCAGGAAAAUCAGAUUCUGAUCGUGAUUGGCGAGACGGGAUCCGGAAAGACGACGCAGCUGACGCAGUACCUGGCUGAGGCUGGGUUGACGAACCGCGGCAAGAUGGUUGGCUGCACACAGCCACGACGGGUGGCGGCAAUGAGCGUGGCGAAGCGCGUGUCCGAGGAGGUGGGAUGCCAACUGGGACAAGAGGUCGGCUACACGAUCCGGUUUGAGGACUGCACGAGCCCGUCCACGCGAAUCAAGUACAUGACAGACGGCAUGCUGGAGCGUGAGAUCUUGCUGGACCCAGAACUGAAGCGGUAUUCGGUCAUUAUGCUGGACGAGGCUCACGAGCGGACGAUUGCAACCGAUGUUCUCUUUGGGUUGCUCAAGAAGACGGUAAAGAGACGGCCAGACCUGAAAGUCAUUGCGACGUCGGCAACGCUGGACGCAGAAAAGUUCUCUACGUUUUUCAAUGGAGCGCCUAUUUUCACAAUUCCUGGCCGAACAUUCCCAGUGGAGAUUCUCUACUCGCGAGAACCGGAAUCCGACUACCUCGAUGCCGCAUUAGAGACAGUUAUGCAGAUUCACCUGACGGAGCCGGCUGGUGAUAUCCUAGUCUUCUUGACUGGCCAGGAAGAAAUCGAUACCAGCUGUGAGAUUCUCUUUGAGCGGAUGAAGGCUUUGGGGCCUGGCAUGCCGGAGCUGGUAAUUUUGCCAGUGUAUUCGGCGCUGCCGAACGAGGUACAGUCGCGAAUCUUCGAGCCGGCUCCGCCAAAUGGCCGCAAAGUAAUCAUCGCGACGAACAUUGCGGAGACCAGCCUGACUAUCGACGGAAUUUUCUACGUGGUAGACCCCGGGUUCGUCAAGCAGAACGCGUACGACCCGAAGCUGGGAAUGGAUUCGCUGGUGGUAACACCAAUUUCGCAGGCGCAGGCGAACCAGAGAGCAGGCCGUGCAGGACGAACGGGGCCGGGCAAAUGCUUCCGGCUGUACACGGAGGCGGCAUACCAGACGGAGAUGCUGCCAACGACGAUUCCGGAGAUCCAGCGCAAGAACCUCAGCAACACGAUUCUGAUUCUCAAGGCGAUGGGGAUCAACGACCUGCUGCACUUUGAUUUCAUGGACCCGCCGCCGAUCAACACGAUGCUGUCAGCACUGGAGGAGCUGUAUGCGCUGUCGGCACUGGACGACGAGGGGCUGUUGACGAAGCUGGGACGCAAGAUGGCGGACUUCCCGAUGGACCCGACGUCGGCCAAGGCGCUGAUUGCAUCGGUGGAGCUGGGGUGCAGCGACGAGAUGCUGAGCAUCAUGGGGAUGAUUGCACAGCCGAAGGGAGUGUGGUACCGGCCGAAGGACAAGCAGGCGCAGGCGGACGCGAAGCGGGCCAAGUUCAACGACCCUCACGGAGACCACUUGACGAUGCUGAACGUGUACAACAGCUGGAAGCGGAGCAAGUUCUCGAAGCCGUGGUGCCAAGAGCACUUUCUGCAGUACCGGGUGCUGAUGCGGGCCAAGGACGUGCGGACGCAGCUGGAGCGGAUCAUGGAGCGGUACAAGCACUCGGUGGUUUCGUGUGGUGCGGACACGAACCCGGUGCGCCAGGCGCUCUGCGCGGGCUACUUCCGCAACGGCGCACGCAAGGAUCCGCACGAGGGCUACAAGACGCUGAUCGAGGGCACGCCGGUGUACCUGCACCCGUCGAGCGCGCUGUUCGGCAAGCAGGCAGAGUGGGUGAUCUACGACACGCUGGUGCUGACGACGAAGGAGUACAUGCAGUGCACGACGUCGAUCGAGCCCAAGUGGCUGGUGGAGGCGGCGCCGACGUUCUUCAAGCUGUCGCCGAGCGACCGGCUCAGCCGGCGGCGCAAGGCCGAGCGGAUCCAGCCGCUGUACAACAAGUUCCAGACAGAGGACGACUGGCGGCUCAGUGCGCAGAAGCGGAGUGGCCGUGGUGGCGGAGGUGGUGGCACAUGGGGCUGA